CUCCGUACAAUGGCAGACGUCCCACCAAUAGUACAGCUGUAAGUAAUACGAACCUUUUUCACCUACCACGCUUCUACUCAUGGAUUAUAGAACAGGUCCUUUGGUUCUAGGAUACCAGUUUAAUUGGGGCUUGUAUGGUGUUUUGACAACUCAGCUUUACACCUAUCAUCAAGCAGGUUUUCGGGACAAUCGAUUGAUCAAGUCCAUUGUAUACGGACUUUUUAUUAUUGAAACUCUACAACUCAUCAUGGCCACACACGACUCUUUUCACACUCUCGCAUUAGGAUGGGGAAAUGAUACAGACUUGUUGGACGUUUGGUUCUCUUGGUUUGAUCUUCCGUUCCUAACGGGCAUAACCAGCGCUACGAUCCAGUGUUUCUAUGCGUGGCGCCUCUACAUCCUCAGCAAGUCGUAUGUGUUAGCAAUAACGAUCGUUGCAUUAGUGCAGGGCUCCGCUGCAAUGGCUGAAGGUCUCCAAAUAUUCAUAUCACAAAACGUACCAGGAACCCAGGUAGACACCUUCAAAACAACUGCAGUGUGGCUUGGGGGAACUGCGUUCUGCGAUAUCAUAAUUUGCUGCGGCAUGUUCUAUUUUCUUUCAAAAAGCCGUACUGGUUUUCGUACCACGGACUCACUGCUCAACAAGUUGAUUAGGACAACUAUAGAGACCGGCAUGGUCACUGCCGUGAUUGCGAUUAUCGAGCUCACUCUAUUUUUGACAUUCGAGCACAAUUUCUACCAUGUGGUACCAGCAUUUAUGCUCUCGAAAUUGUACAGCAAUUCCUUCCUCGUCCUUCUUAAUAGCCGCAGACGUAGUAAUAAACGGUCAACAUCAACCUCGGAAAGCUUUAAUUCAUUGCCGCAAUUCUCCUCUUCAAGAGAGACUAACAGGACUGGCGCAAUGAAAGUAGAAUUUGCUCAACGGGCCUCCUCAGAGGAUCUUGGAAUGGUUAGCCUCUCAGAGACCGAAAAUAUCGACAAGCACCAUAGAAAUCCACCUCUUGAUGGCGUGCUCUGCGAUGUGUAACAUACGCAUACCAUCAAACAAAUCAUACCUACAUUCAUAUCUGGUCGUUCCCAGCCAGUUACAACUACUUGAACAUGGAUGAUACAGAAAUCCAUGCAGUACUGAUAGUACUGGAUCACUUUUGUGACCCUUCCGCUUUCCUCAU